AUGGACUCGGCAACUUCGUUCCUGACGUUAGCGUGGAUUCAUAGCCUUGUGGUCAUUGAUGUGCCCGCGCCGCAGAAAUACCUAAUAAACGGGGUACUCUCAGACUGGCCACCACUCCAGUCAAGUGACAGCACACGGUCACCUUUCGGGAGCAGCGAUCCCCAAAAUUUCCUUUCCCAAAGACCAACUUUCUCGAACCUGUAUUCGCCGCCCUAUGUGUCGUUCCUUGCUCGCUCUUCCCGUGUGCACCGAGUCCUCGACCCCGACCAAUUUGAUCUUCGUCGCUUCAUCACUUCAAAGUCUAUUUUUACUACAAACACCCUACUGUACGCCCGCAGUAUCUAUGAGGUUUAUUCUAUGAUUUACUUUGGGCUGGAUUCGCCGAGUAUCUCUCUCAAUCUAAGGCUAGAAGGCAAGUAUUACCCGAAUAUGGAUUAUACUGCAGUUCUCGUUGGUCCCCAUCCUCGCUCACAGACGAGUGAAGGAGUUCUUAGUUUGCGUAAUGCGUUUUAUGCUACUCGUUUCCUCGGACUUUCCUGA